CCCAUCCUGUUGCCGCCGUCAUGAGGAGCCGGAGCAACUCGGGUGUACGUCUGGACGGCUACGGGCGCCUGGUGCAGCAGACUAUCCUCCGCCACCAGGACGCGGUGACGGGGCUGCUCCCCGCCAGCGCCGACCACCAGGACGCCUGGGUCCGGGACAACGUGUACAGCAUCUUGGCGGUGUGGGGUCUUGGCCUAGCCUACCGCAAGAAUGCCGACCGCGACGAGGACAAGGCCAAGGCCUACGAGCUGGAGCAGAGCGUGGUGAAGCUGAUGCAGGGGCUGCUCCAGUGCAUGAUGAGACAGGUGGACAAGGUAGAGGCCUUCAAGUACAGUCAGAGCACCAGGGACUGCCUGCAUGCCAAGUAUAACACCCACACCUGUGCCACUGUGGUAGGAGACCACGAAUGGGGUCACCUACAGAUGGAUGCUACCUCCCUCUACCUCCUCAUGCUUGCACAAAUGACGGCUUCAGGCCUCCACAUAAUUCACAGCUUGGAUGAAGUCAACUUUAUCCAGAACCUUGUGUUCUACAUCGAAGCUGCCUACAAAACUGCGGACUUUGGCAUAUGGGAGCGUGGGGACAAGACAAACCAGGGCAUCACCGAGUUGAAUGCCAGUUCUGUUGGCAUGGCCAAGGCUGCCCUGGAGGCACUGGAUGAGCUGGAUCUCUUUGGAGCCAAGGGAGGCCCACAGUCAGUGAUAUGGGUGCUGUCAGAUGAAGUGCAGCACUGCCAGUCGAUCCUCCACUCAAUGCUGCCCAGGGCCUCCACAUCCAAGGAGGUGGAUGCCAGUGUGCUCUCUGUCAUCUCCUACCCAGCAUUUGCUGUGGAGGACAGCGAGCUGGUAGAAAUCACCAAGCAGGAGAUUAUCACCAAGCUGCAGGGCCGCUAUGGCUGCUGCCGCUUCCUCCGGGAUGGAUACAGGACUCCCAAAGAGGACCCCAAACGCCUCUACUAUGAACCUGCUGAGCUGAAGCUGUUUGAGAACAUUGAGUGUGAGUGGCCUCUCUUCUGGGCAUACUUGAUGAUUGAUGGGAUUUUCAGUGGAAACAUGGAGCAGGUGCAGGAGUACCGGGAAGCCCUUGAGGGGGUUCUUAUCAAGGGGAAGAAUGGGGUACGCCUGCUGCCAGAGCUCUACAGUGUCCCACCAGAUAAGGUGGAUGAAGAAUACAGGAAUCCGCACACUGUGGAUAGGAUACCCAUGGGCAAGCUGCCACACAUGUGGGGACAGUCCCUCUACAUCCUGGGUUGUCUGAUGGCCGAGGGGUUUCUAGCUCCUGGUGAAAUAGAUCCCCUCAACCGCCGUUUCGCGACUGUCCCUAAACCUGAUGUGGUGGUCCAAGUGUGUAUCCUGGCUGAAACAGAGGGGAUCAAGGCAAUCCUGCAGAAGGAAGGCAUUAACGUGGAGACUGUGGCAGACGUCUACCCCAUCAGAGUGCAGCCUGCUCGUAUCCUCAGCCACAUCUAUGCCCGGCUGGGCCGCAACAAGCAGAUGUGCCUUACUGGACGGCCCUACCGGCAUAUGGGUGUCCUUGGGACUUCCAAGCUCUACAAAAUCAGGAAGAGCAUCUUUACCUUUACCCCACAGUUCAUAGACCAGCAGCAGUUCUACCUGGCUCUUGACAACAAGAUGAUUGUGGAGAUGCUGAGGACAGACCUCUCCUACCUGUGCAGCCGGUGGAGGAUGACUGGGCGACCAACCAUCACCUUUCCCAUCUCCCACACCAUGCUCGAUGAAACCAGCAGCAGUGUGCAUCCCACGGUGCUGGCAAUGCUGCAGAAGCUGCAGGAUGGGUAUUUUGGUGGUGCAAGAAUUCAGACUGGUAAAUUGUCGGAGUUCCUGACAACAUCAUGCCGAACACACCUCAGCUUUAUGGACCCUGGGCCAGAGGAGGACACUGACGAUGAGGUUGCUCAGUAUCUGGAUCACCUGCUGCAGCGCACGACUCCGCAGUCAAACCUGCCUCCGACCACCCAGCGGGGAGGGCUGAGCCGCUUCAGGGCUGCUGUCCAGACCACCCGUGACCUCAUGUCCCUGGCAUCCAAGGCCAAGGACCUGCAUGUCCAGAAUGUUGGGAUGUAUGUCCCCAGCGGGAUCUUCCAGGCAUCGCAGCAGUCAGUUAAGCUUCUGAGUUCACUCCACCAGCAUGACUUGGAUGGCAAGAGCCACGCACUCUAUGCAGAGAUGAACUUGCCACGUGAUGAGGAUGGCAACGUGGACUGCAAGGCACUGGUGGACCAGCUGCGCAUCUGCCCCACGCUGCAGGAACAAGCAGACAUCCUUUACAUGCUCCACAUCCUCAAGGGACCCGAGUGGCACACAGGGCUUGAUAGUGAGCCUGGCCCCACCAUCAAGGAGCUGCUCACUGAGUUGUAUGUGCGUGUGGGGGAGACACGCCAGUGGGCCCUGAUUCGCUACAUCUCUGGUAUCCUCAAGAAGAAAGUUGAAGCUCUGGAUGAGGCCUGUACUGACCUCCUGUCUCACCAGAAACACUUGACAGUGGGGCUGCCCCCAGAGCCACGUGAGAAGACAAUCUCCACCCCGAUCCCCUAUGAGGAACUUGUUCACCUUAUUGAUGAAGCCAGUGAGAAGAACCUCAGUGUGUCUAUCCUCACCCAGGAGAUCAUGGUAUACUUAGCCAUGUACAUACGCACACAGCCUGCACUGUUUGCUGAGAUGUUCCGCAUCCGCAUUGGGCUCAUCAUCCAGGUGAUGGCAACAGAGCUGGCACACUCCCUGCGUUGUUCAGCUGGAGAAGCCACGGAGAACCUGAUGAAUCUCAGCCCAUCAGACAUGAAGAGUCUCCUCUACCACAUCCUUUCUGGCAAGGAGUUUGGGGUGGAAAGGAGCGUGCGUUCAGUGGACUCGUCGCUCACCACUGCUGUCUCCAUCUGUGACAUGGGAGCUGUCGGGACCACCAGGCCUGAGCGCACUGGCCUUGUCAGGCUGAAAAGUGAAAUCAAGCAGCAAUUGGAUAAACGUAGGCAGUCUCUGCCUGGGAGUAAGCCCCUCAGUUUGCAGUCCGGAGACACCGCCCUCAGGUCCUCUCUGUCUGCUGGGCACACAGAGCUGCUGGGCAAGGACUCCUUUUCAAGGAUGCUAGAAGACCAGGGCACUACGGACAGCCGUCAGGGCCAGUGGCAGCGGAGGCGCCGGCUGGAUGGGGCCCUUAACCGUGUCCCUGUGGGCUUCUACCAGAAGGUCUGGAAGGUCCUGCAGAAGUGCCAUGGUCUCUCUGUGGAGGGCUUUGUUCUUCCCUCCUCAACAACCAGAGAGAUGACCCCAGGGGAAAUGAAGUUUGCUGUGCAUGUGGAAUCUGUCCUCAACCGUGUGCCCCAGCCAGAGUACAGGCAGCUGCUGGUGGAAGCUAUCUUAGUGCUCACCAUGCUGGUGGACAUGGAGGUGCACACCAUUGGUGGCAUCAUAGCUGUGGAAAAGAUCUUGCACAUAGCAAAUGACCUCUUCUAUGAGGAGCAGAAAGCCCUGGGUGCUGAUGAGCACAUGCUGGAGAGGGAUCCUUCGACAGGCAUCUGCAGCCUGCUGUAUGACAGUGCACCAAGCGGCCGGUUUGGCACCAUGACGUAUCUGUCCAAGUCGGUGGCCUUGUAUGUGUACGACUUUCUGCCCACAGAUGGCUGCUCCAUGCAGUAGCUCUUGCAGUUCCUCACUGGGUUGCGGGUGCUCUGGGAUGGUUGUUUCAUACAGCUUCUAAAGAUGAACGCUAGGUUAGUUUGCAAGGCAGUCUGUGUGGCCAUCUCUCCUCCCAGCCCUGGCCUCUUGGUGAGUGAGCAGCCCUCUGAGGAACUCCACAGGAGGCAUGUGUCCUAAACUGACCCGUGCCUGUGUGGUCUGCAGAGCAAGGGAAGGGCUGAGCUUUGAAGCGUGCUUGUGUUAGAAGGUUCUGUCUGCAUGACUCCUCCUGAUUCAUCAUCUCCUCCUGAUUCAUCAUGGAAAGACCUCUGUUUGAGGGAGUUGGAAAGGGGUUCCCCUGACCAGACCAUUGUGCUCAGCAUUACAAUGCUCUCUGACCAGCUCGAACUCUCCCUGCCUCUAACAGGUUUGCAGUUUUUAA